AGGAUUUUGGUCAAGUUCGCGGCCAGUUUCGGCUCGAAACGGUCUACGGUGAAGUCGGUUGGCGGGCCGUAUCGAUCCGUAACGGGCCGCCAUCCCAGAUGCUCGUCUCCCAUGUGCCCGUGCCCCGCCCAAAAUAAACUUCAAGCCGCUCACCAAUAAGUGGGUCGUCGGUCAGCCCGAGGCGAGGGGCAAGUCCACAUAACGAUGGAGACCGACGAUGGAAGGAGAAGCCUUUUUUUCCCAUCUUCUCACGAUGACCCGCGAUCGGCCCCGCGAUUCCCUCCUCCCCCUCGAAGCGCGCUUGAACGGACACAAGUUCGUGGCAGGUGCAGGUGCAGCGUGCCCAAUCUGCCAACCCGAUCCUGCUGUUCCAGAACCAGGGGAUCCAUGAAAGGUGUGACUGCGGCUGAAGGUCGUGGCUCCGUGGGUGCUCAUCAAUGCCCAACCGGGGCCAAGGCCAAGAUUGGCUUCGGGCUGUGCAACCAAUCAAUCGACCGUAACCUCAGCCAUGUGGGCGGACCGGGGGAAAGUUCGCGACCAGAAAAGACAUUCUGUGAAGAUCCAAGCAUUUUAGCUUUGAGGUGGGGGGGCUGUGCCGUGUCACUGUCUGCUGGGACAAGGCGCGACAAUUUAAUCAUCACGUCCGCACACCUCCGCAUCUCGCCCUGUCGUGUCUUUUUUUUUGGUUUCCUGUCUUCUUCUGUUGCCGUUUUUUUUUCUGCUGCUAAACGCAACUGCCCGAUCUUUACCUGCCAUUCAUUCCUCUCACCCACCAUCCGAGGGCUCUUUCUUUCUACCAACAACGAGAACAUGUCCUACGAAAUGAACCACAACCAAAACAACAUGGCAUACCCCUACCCGCCGCCGGCAACAACCGCCGUCGCGAUGCCACCAAAAAGCCGAUUCUCCAAGUGGUGGCCCAUCUCCUUCUUCAUCGCCGCCAUCCUCUUCUUCAUCGUCGGCGGCGGCCUCGUCGGCGGGUGGACGGCCAGCUGUUCCAGCAGCUCCUACUCGUCCUACUACUACUCGUGCGACACCGACGGCAUGUGGUACGGCGCCGUGGCCUGCUUUGCCCUCGGCGGCAUCUCCAAGUUCGUCGCCUGGAUCCUCUUCAUCGUGUGGUGCGUCAAGCGCAGCACCCGCGGCCCCACCGCCGUCUCGUACACCUACCAGCCCCUCACCUACGCCAACGCGCCCGUCGCGCCCACCGCCGCCAUGCCCGCCGCCUACCAGAACGCGCAGCAGCAGCAGCAACAGGGCUACCAGAACACCGCCUUCCAAAACGCCCCGCCCUACCAGCCCGCCCAGCAGCCCCACGCCCCCGUCCCGGCCCACUCCAAGGAACAGCCCGGGAAUGCCACCAAAUACUGCGCCCAGUGCGGCGCCGGCGUCACCACACCCUUCUGCCCCAACUGUGGCAUCCAGGUGUAAGGGGCAGGGGACUCGGCGGUGUUGUGAGAAGGGUCGUCUUUUAUUAGGAUUAGAAUGGGGGGUGGGAAUGGGCGAGAUGAGACGCGACCAGGACGCGGCGGUGUGAGCGGGUUUGGCUUCAUUUUUCUUGGUCUGUUUUGAACUAAGAUGGGAA